UGCAGACUAAUCACCCAUUGGUGCACAUUCCCAUUGGUAAUUUGUAAGCCCGACGAGUUAUUUCAUUUACAGCCAAGCUGGCAUAUUGUUUUUAUAAUUCACAGUGAAAUAAUAUAUUUUUAUUAUUAGUGCAUCAAUUACGUUCGUUGACAUUUCAUUGUUAAUAUUCAAGAAAAAGUGUAAUUUCAAAAAUGUCAGUUGAAGAAAAAUUUAACGCUGCUGUAAAUGUCAUUAAGAGUCUACCGAAAAAUGGAGCUUAUCAACCAAGCAACGAACUUAUGCUCCGAUUCUACAGUUAUUAUAAACAAGCGACAGAAGGACCUUGCUCAAAUCCAAAACCAGCUUUUUGGGAAGUUGUAAAAAAAGCAAAAUGGGAUGCUUGGACACGUUUAGGCAACAUGAGUCGCACAGAAGCGAUGAAUAAUUAUGUCGACGAAUUAAAAAAAAUUGUUGAAACAAUGUCCUAUACGGAUAAUGUGGCAAAUUUUCUUGGAAGUUUGGAUUCAUUUUAUGAGAGUGUUCCUGCUGAAGACUUGGAAUUAUUAGUGGGUCCCGUUUUGGAACGAAUGCGCUCUCAACCCGGUUCACCUUUGUCUGGCUCUCCACUAGGAUCAAGAGAAACAUCGCCGAACCGAGUGCGAAACACAUCAAGACACAUAACGAGCAGCUUGGAAACAAGUCCUGCAAGUAGUCAUAGUGCAAGUCCUUUGCCUCCUGACACUGAUGGCGAGGAAGAAGAAUUCAAAGACACGCUCGAAUCGGCGCCAGAGCGAUCGCAGAAAGAUUUAAUGAAGUCUUCCAAUGGUUUACAGUCACACAUAGUUAAUAAUUCAUAUUGUAAACAUAACAAGCCGAAUGUUGUGACAAAAGAAAAUUCGACCGAAUUAUUAAAUGGAUAUUCUCACACAAAUGGCCAUAUCGAAAAUUGCGAUUCGAAACAGGACAGAGGUCGAACUCGAGUCAGGAGAGACGAUAAAGCUGACGCUGAAUUCUUCAAUCACAUAGCUUGUACAAUGCAAAAUUUACAAAAGGAUUUGGACAGGAUAACGGCGAGGGUUCGUAAUUUAGAGGGUCAGGCAUUGUCAGUUCUGACACCGCAGUCCGACCAGCGAAGGAGUCGGGGCUAUUCUAAAUGGUGGCCAUUAUCCGAAUGUUCGCCAAGAAUGUUUGCGUUAUUGAUUGUUUGGCCUUUUCUAGCACAAGCUCUAGUUUUUUAUGCACAGCGAUAUCGUCAACGAAAACUGUGAUUUCCUUUUUAAAAAUUCUUUAAUACGAGAGAUAAUUUCUCUCCUUCCCCUCCAAAAAAAAAAAAGGAAAGAAAACAUUGAGUCUUCAAGUAUAAUUAUAAUUAUUGGCUGUUGAUCCUAGUGUAAUCUUAUGGGUAUAUUGUAUAUAGUUUUAAAAGUUCUUAUCAAUUUACACGUAGAUCAAUUCUAAAAGUAAAGAAAAAGGCCAAGGAGAAUACAUUCCACAUUUAUGUUCAUGUUGUGCAAAGGAAAAAAAAAUAUUCAUUACCGGAAAAAAGAAUUUUUUGUUUUGUUUUCAGUAACAAUAGAAGUAUGGAAACAUUUUUUUGAAUUUAAUUCUCGUGAAUUACGAAUUAAUUCACGAAGGAGAAAAGAGAUUAAUUUUUGAAAAGCUUAAGAGUCAUUUUCAUAUAAAAAUCGAUAUUCACUAUCAAUUUUUUUAAUUAGGAUUUUCAAAUUUUAAUCCCUUUUCGAAAUUUACCAUUCAAUUGUAAUUUA